GGUCUUGGCGUUACGUGGGCUUUGGCCCACGGCCGACCCCUUUUACUGCCACCCGUGCUUCGUGUUGGUCGUGCCUACGAUACUAGCUCGGGCCUACCCGAGAUCUUCUCGAACAAUACGUCCGACUCUAAUUCUUCUACCGUACCUAGCGACUUCGACGAUAGCAGUGAAUCCGAGUCCGAGUUCUAUAAAGGCGCAAAACGCGAUCCGAGGAGACUGUCCGCUUCCUUAAGGCUCUCUUUUCCUAGCGGUGUAACUAGCGACGGGGAAAGGACGGACUAUCUUAUCUAUAAGGCCGAGGUUGGACAUAGCCUUAGCAAAGAUAUACAAGUUAAGAUUCGUGACGUGCUCGCGAUAGUUGCGACGGAUAAGAAACUUUCCCUUAAAAAACGCCCGAAAGCGACUAUAUUUGUGGAGGAUAUAGCUAAGUUUACCCGAGAUCUAAACGGAGGACAUCCUCGACUAUUUAUCUACCUAAGACCGGAAUUUAUAAAAGCGUUUCUAAUUCCGGAAAUUAUCUUUGAUCCCACGUUAGUCCUUAGUCCUUAUAUCUUUCUACUAGGUAUUCUGUUUAGAAUUAGCGCAUUUAAAAGUCUAUGUAACGAUAGCCCUGUGCUAGACUACCCUAAGAAAUUGUACCGUCUUCGGGUCCUAUAUAGUCUCGGUGAAUAG